AUGGAUGAGGCUGAAGCUAUGGGUGAUGUCGUGUACAUCAUGAGCAUGGGACGGGCUAUGUGCAGCGGAAGUCCUUUUUUCCUGAAGAAAAAGUUUGCCCCUGGAUACGUUCUCACCAUUGCAUUCAAGCGCGAAAUUCCUGAAGAACUGAUUCAAAAGACAGAAAAGGUUGUCAAAGAACACAUCGAAGGUGCCACAGUAAGUGAAGUGAAAGGGGAACAACUCCAGUUUCAUUUACCAAAAGACGAAAAUACCAGGUUUUCUAAAUUGUUAUUGGAACUAGAAGAAAUGAAACAGCAGUUAGAAAUCGACAGCUUCGGACUAUCAACCAGAUCUCUUGAAACUGUUUUCUUGAAGAUCGGUGAAAUGGAAGAUUCCAAAAGCAAGAGAAUAGAAACGGACCAAGAUGAAACGGGAAACGUUGCGGAGACAAUUCGGAGUUCGUCCACGUCAAUAUCUAUGGAUCUGUCGCCGUUACUCUUGAAGAAUCCGUUUCAACUACUGCUGCAACAAAUCUAUUAUAUAUGGUGGAAGAAAUUACUACUCACUUUGUAUUCCAUCCCGGUUAUUGUCACCGAG